AUGGUCCUCUCUUUCUCUUUCAGUGUAGAGAUUGGUGAAAGUGUGAGAGGAGAAGAUGUAUAUAUCAUCCAGAGUGGCUGUGGAGAAAUAAAUGACAACUUAAUGGAGCUGCUCAUCAUGAUCAAUGCUUGCAAAAUUGCAUCAUCCUCCAGAGUGACAGCUGUAAUUCCAUGUUUUCCAUAUGCCAGGCAAGAUAAGAAAGACAAGAGUCGUGCUCCAAUCUCUGCAAAACUUGUUGCCAACAUGCUAUCGGUUGCAGGGGCUGACCACAUCAUCACCAUGGAUUUGCAUGCUUCUCAGAUCCAGGGUUUCUUUGACAUUCCAGUAGAUAACCUGUAUGCAGAACCUGCAGUGCUUCAGUGGAUUAAAGAGAACAUUUUGGAGUGGAGAAACUGUAUCAUAGUCUCACCUGAUGCAGGUGGUGCAAAAAGGGUUACUUCAAUCGCUGACAGACUGAAUGUGGAAUUUGCUCUCAUUCAUAAGGAAAGAAAGAAGGCAAACGAAGUGGACAGAAUGGUCUUGGUUGGUGAUGUGAAAGACAGAGUUGCAAUUCUUGUUGACGAUAUGGCUGAUACAUGUGGCACAAUAUGUCAUGCAGCAGACAAGUUAGUAUCUGCUGGAGCUACUAAAGUUUAUGCCAUUCUUACUCAUGGCAUCUUUUCUGGUCCUGCAAUUUCUCGGAUUAAUAAUGCAUCAUUUGAGGCUGUUGUGGUAACUAAUACAAUCCCCCAAGAAGAGAAAAUGAAACACUGCCCAAAAAUCCAGUUUAUUGACAUUUCCAUGAUCCUGGCUGAGGCAAUUCGAAGAACACACAAUGGUGAAUCUGUGUCUUACCUCUUCAGUCACGUCCCCUUGUAACGGCAGGAGGUUGCAUCUUUGCAAAGGUCCCUUCAACUAGCACUGUUGUUUUUAACAAUAUCUUAACCACAAGAAAUUUGUACCUUUGUACAAUUUCAGAGCUUGUAUGUUUAAUUAUUAUAUUUGUCUUAUAAUUACUGCUUUUUCUCUGUAUAUGGGCAAUAAAUCUCCAUCUUGCAGAAA